AUGGAAGAGUCAUGGUCGUCGGGUGGCGCGCCGCUGCUGCGCACGAGGUCGCUCCCGCUCGUGCUCGAGGCGGCGAGCGGCGGUGCGCCCGCGCGCCAGCCCAAGCUCGACCCGCGUCAGCUGCUUACACUCACACGCCACUACUAUCCAGAGGGCGGGUGGGGCUGGGGCGUAGCUGCCGCCGCAACGCUUGUUCAGAUCCUAGCGCACGGGUUGCAUCAAGCCGCCGCUGUGCUGGCCGUAGAGACUGUGCGACGUUUCGGACCAGAGUUCCGGAUGCAAGCAGGUUGCCUAGGCGCCCUAUCGGUGGGGGUCGCCCUAGCUCUGUCUCCAGUGACGGUAGCGCUCUGCGUACGCAAGUCGACGCGCGUCACUGCCGUUGUGGGAGGUUUGGUAGCUGCCCUUGGCUGCCUCUUCACUUCAUUCGCUACACAGUUCCAUCAGCUGUUUUUCAGUUAUGGGACUGUGGUGGGUGUGGGGGUUGGUUUGACAAGAGACUGUUCUACGUUGAUGGUAGCGCAAUACUUCAAGCGUCGCCGCGAGCUGGUCGAGAUAUUUAUCGUGAGCGGCAGCGGGCUCGGUAUCGCCGUCAUGUCUACAUUCAUCAAAGGAGUCGUCAGAGCCAUUGGCUGGCGACUAGGACUGCAGGCUGUGACAGGAGUCGUAUUCAUAACAUUCAUACUGGGCACUUUCUAUCGAUCAGCAUCAUUAUACCAUCCCCAACGUCGCGCUAUCCUGCACCUUAAGAAUCAGAAUAAAAUUAAACGAAAAAUGAAGGACAAAAACAAGUCUGACGAUCGACAGCCUUUCUUCGACUUUUCAACGCUUAGGUCAAAAACCGUACGGAUCCUGUUGAUGUCUACUGGUAUAUCGGCAUUUGGAAUCAACACUCCAAUAUUUUACUUGGCUUAUCACGCUGAAGAAGAAGGGUUGGGCGACACUGCAGGAUUGCUGCAAGCUUACCUUGGUUUAGCUUGGGCAGUUGGUUGUGCAGCAUUUGGAUUGCUAGUGAGGCAGAAUUCUGCAGAGUGCCGCAUAGCGCGACAGUACCUUACCCAGGCAGCUGUAUUUGUAUGCGGGUUGGCGACUAUGGCACUCACAGUUGUCGAAGGGUCCUAUAGCGGCUAUGUGAUUUUCGCUUGGAUUUAUGGUAUAUUUUGCGGAGGUUACCAUUAUUCUCUCAAGAUGUACACAUACGAACGGGUACGGUCACGUAACUUUGCAAGAACCUGGGGCUUCGUACAGUGCUCGCAGGCUGUGCCGAUCGCGAUAGGAGUACCUCUUUCAGGGUACAUCAGCGUGGGCUGCGGCGGUAAGGCGGGCUACUACUUUAGCUCGACGUGCUCGCUGAUAGGCUCACUGUCUCUCUUCUGUAUUGACCUGCAUCGACGCAGCGUCGCGCAUAAACACACCAAAGAAAAUGGCGGGACUGCCACAUGUGAAUCAGCGUGCGGACCAUCACGACGCAGUCGCAGCCGAGAGCGGGAGCCGCGCACCGCUGCGGGCGCCGCCACCGCUUUAGUUCUAGGAGCAGAAUUAAUAGCACCGGGCAGGACCGGCCGCGACCUACUCCUGGACAGCAUUGGACCUGGAAGUUUGGGAUCGCCGCCUCCGAAAGUGCCACCGGAGCUCACGUGCAUCAGCGAGGAAGGCGGACUCGACUUGGAUCUGGAUUUAGAAAUCCCGGAACACCUUUUGGAGGAUUUGGAUUGCGGUGGUGAUUGUAUCACUAGUUGUAAUAAGGUGGAAAACUACUUAAUGCUGAGUGAAUACGAAAAUAAUUUAAUAGCAGAGCUGCCUAACUUGAACGAACGUCGUGGCAGACGCUGGUCCAUCGUAGUCGGCAACUCUAAUUCACCACAGCCGUCGACGAUUCCCGAAAAUCCAACUACCCCCGAACAUCGCAAAAACUCAAUCAAAUCUAAAAAAAAGUGCCAUAACUCAAAUAAUAGACUGAUUACAGUGAUAAACGAGGCGUCGUUAUAA